AUGGUGCAGGGAGUCGACCCCGUCCCCGCCACCCCGCUCCCCACAGUCGACCCCGUCCCCGCCACCCCGCUCCCCACAGUCGACCCCGUCCCCGCCACCCCGCUCCCCACAGUCGACCCCGUCCCCGCCACCCCGCUCCCCACAGUCGACCCCGUCCCCGCCACCCCGCUCCCCACAGUCGACCCCGUCCCCGCCACCCCGCUCCCCACAGUCGACCCCGUCCCCGCCACCCCGCUCCCCACAGUCGACCCCGUCCCCGCCACCCCGCUCCCCACAGUCGACCCCGUCCCCGCCACCCCGCUCCCCACAGUCGACCCCGUCCCCGCCACCCCGCUCCCCACAGUCGACCCCGUCCCCGCCACCCCGCUCCCCACAGUCGACCCCGUCCCCGCCACCCCGCUCCCCACAGUCGACCCCGUCCCCGCCACCCCGCUCCCCACAGUCGACCCCGUCCCCGCCACCCCGCUCCCCACAGUCGACCCCGUCCCCGCCACCCCGCUCCCCACAGUCGACCCCGUCCCCGCCACCCCGCUCCCCACAGUCGACCCGUCCCCGCCACCCCGCUCCCCACAGUCGACCCCGUCCCCGCCACCCCGCUCCCCACAGUCGACCCCGUCCCCGCCACCCCGCUCCCCACAGUCGACCCCGUCCCCGCCACCCCGCUCCCCACAGUCGACCCCGUCCCCGCCACCCCGCUCCCCACAGUCGACCCCGUCCCCGCCACCCCGCUCCCCACAGUCGACCCCGUCCCCGCCACCCCGCUCCCCACAGUCGACCCCGUCCCCGCCACCCCGCUCCCCACAGUCGACCCCGUCCCCGCCACCCCGCUCCCCACAGUCGACCCCGUCCCCGCCACCCCGCUCCCCACAGUCGACCCCGUCCCUGCCACCCCGCUCCCCACAGUCGACCCCGUCCCCGUCACCCCGCUCCCCACAGUCGACCCCGUCCCCGCCACCCCGCUCCCCACAGUCGACCCCGUCCCCGCCACCCCGCUCCCCACAGUCGACCCCGUCCCCGCCACCCCGCUCCCCACAGUCGACCCCGUCCCCGCCACCCCGCUCCCCACAGUCGACCCCGUCCCCGCCACCCCGCUCCCCACAGUCGACCCCGUCCCCGCCACCCCGCUCCCCACAGUCGACCCCGUCCCCGCCACCCCGCUCCCCACAGUCGACCCCGUCCCCGCCACCCCGCUCCCCACAGUCGACCCCGUCCCCGCCACCCCGCUCCCCACAGUCGACCCCGUCCCCGCCACCCCGCUCCCCACAGUCGACCCCGUCCCCGCCACCCCGCUCCCCACAGUCGACCCCGUCCCCGCCACCCCGCUCCCCACAGUCGACCCCGUCCCCGCCACCCCGCUCCCCACAGUCGACUCCGUCCCCGCCACCCCGCUCCCCACAGUCGACCCCGUCCCCGCCACCCCGCUCCCCACAGUCGACCCCGUCCCCGCCACCCCGCUCCCCACAGUCGACCCCGUCCCCGCCACCCCGCUCCCCACAGUCGACCCCGUCCCCGCCACCCCGCUCCCCACAGUCGACCCCGUCCCCGCCACCCCGCUCCCCACAGUCGACCCCGUCCCCGCCACCCCGCUCCCCACAGUCGACCCCGUCCCCGCCACCCCGCUCCCCACACUCAUUACUGUCACCUGCAUACAACACAAACUUUAAGAUCAACAACGGGAAGUAA